GAGCAGCGGCGGCGGACUCAGGUGCAAGAAUCAUUCCAGGGGGAAGGAGAGAAGGAAUAGCGACAGACGCUCCAGCCGCACCACAGUAACUAGGACUCCCCUGUCAAGCAGUUCGUCAAAGCGGCUGAUAAGGAUGCGUGUAGUAUCUGAAAUUCUUCCUGAAGACACAGCAAGGACUAUCAAAAACAUCAGAGAGAUUCUGGUACUUUAAAGAGACUUAAAGCAAAUGCCAGCAUUAAUAUCUGAAUGACCUUGGAGAUCAUUUCAUGUGGAUUCAUUAAUUUCCACUGCCAGUCUUCUAGUCUCAGGAACUCUAGGAUUAAAGAUGGUUUUAACAUUUUAGGGGCCUUUCAAAAAACAAGAUUGUAUACAAUUAAUUACCUGCCUAAUGAUUCCUGAACUAAUGAAGUAUUUCCUUAAAACUGAACAGAGGAGAUGCUUGCUUUUAGCGUUUGCUUUCUCCGUAACUGUGAAUGAAAUGAACAAGGUAAUGUCCUGCAAUUAGAAGAACAUUUUUUUUUUAAAGCAGGUCUUUAUUAUGCCAAUCAUCUAAUAAAUAUAGAAACCCUACAACACUAAGAAGAUGAAGCUGAAUAACAGAAUAAUGGAUUAGUAAACAAUGGCAGCUUUUCUAGUCAAAUCAGCAUUUCGUUAGCUUCACAGCAGAAUGCAGAUGGAAGUUUCUGUUCUCGUUGUAUGGGGGUUUGUGAAAUGAUUCAGGUGUUGCUACAGAGGUGAGCAAUAUCAUGGAUAUACCUGUGAACUCCUGGGUACCAAUCCACUGUAGCAGAUAUGGCAGAGUUUCCAAAGAUGGUUAUUUUAAAUUACCAUUGCUGAAAUUAAAUUCAAGAGAAUUUAUUUUGUCUGUGGGGACCUUGAGUUAUGCUUCUGGCAUUAAUAAUUGUAAUGGACUAUAACUGCUUGAAGGAAUUGUGAAUAUUGACAUAAGUCUCCAAAUUCUAUUCUUAAAUUAUUUUCAUUUUUAAAUGAAUAGACACAAUCUUCCUCAUUGUACGUGAGAUGUAUUUUCUUUCUUGGGAGUCAGAGGACAAAUCUGCCUUGUCCCCCACCCGUCUCCCUCCAAAUAAAAUUCAUUAUUCAUACCCAAACAGUGGUGAGUCUAUUGGAAUUAACCUUGACAAAAAUGUUUUCCUUACCUUUCCAAUGAAUAGCAUGGAUAAGACGGAGUACCAUCUCCUGCGUGGAGCCAGAAAAGACAGUAUUAGAUGAUGAACUUUCUCCUUUACUCUCCAGUCAGUCUGUGAUUUAAAUUGAGACAUUAAAAAGAUUAUCUCCAGUAACUGCUGCUGGUCCAGGAAACCUGAGCUGUAUGGAGGUUCCUCCUUCCCUUCCUCCCCCUCACCCCUCACUCAUCCAAAGUAAAUGACUUUCUCAGGAAAAUAAGCAGUCAGAGAUUCCCCCCCCCCCCAUGUCCUGGGAAAUGAAUGUGUCUCUUGUCAGUUUUUAUUUCCGUUAUUUCACAGUAUCUGUUUGUUUUAGAAGUGCCUUGUGUUUGCUAAAGAUUGGUCGAGAGCACUGGAGGAGCUGAUCAGUGGCCUUUCUCUUUCUGGCUUUUGUUUUGUUUUUUUGUUUUUUUUUUUUUCUUUCUUUCUUUCCUUAAAGCUAAGGUGUGCCAGAGGUGAUGCACUGAUGCUGAGGCGGCAUCAACAGCUAUGGGACUGUAAUCCUCUCAAAUGUAAGCACUGGCAGUGUCUACAAAGAGAGCUCGUGAGACGCUGAAGCAGAGUUUAGCUGCUGUUAAGCAGGUCAUCUGCUCACUAAGGCUCAGAUUGCAGUGUUCCCUAAUCACAAAACAUGAACCAGUCCCGAUGGAUUGAAUGGAGGACUCUGAAUAUGAGCAGUAGUGUUAUGAACGUAUCUGAGCAUCUCUCCUGCCCUCUUGGAUUUGGUCACUACAAUGCAGUUGACAUCUGUAUCCUUGAGACAGUUGUUAUUGUCUUGCUAACAUUUUUAAUUAUUGCGGGUAACUUAACUGUGAUAUUUGUUUUUCACUGUGCUCCACUUCUGCAUCAUUAUACCACCAGCUAUUUUAUUCAGACCAUGGCCUAUGCUGAUCUUUUUGUUGGAGUUAGCUGCUUGGUUCCUACUUUGUCACUGCUCCACUACUCGACAGGUGUCCACGAGUCCUUGACUUGUCAAGUUUUUGGAUAUAUCAUCUCUGUGCUAAAAAGCGUAUCUAUGGCAUGUCUUGCUUGCAUCAGUGUGGAUCGCUAUCUCGCUAUAACAAAGCCUCUCUCCUAUAAUCAACUGGUCACACCUUGUCGCUUGAGAAUCUGCAUCAUCUUGAUCUGGAUAUACUCUUGUCUGAUCUUCUUGCCUUCCUUUUUUGGUUGGGGAAAACCUGGUUACCAUGGAGAUAUUUUUGAAUGGUGUGCUACCUCCUGGCUAACUAAUGCCUAUUUUACUGGCUUUAUCGUGUGCUUACUAUAUGCUCCUGCUGCCUUUGUCAUAUGUUUCACGUAUUUCCACAUCUUUAAAAUUUGCCGGCAGCACACCAAAGAGAUAAAUGAUCGGAGAGCUCGAUUUCCUAGCCACGAAGUGGAUGCUGCUGGGGAGACUGGGCACAGCCCUGAUCGCCGCUAUGCCAUGGUUUUGUUUCGGAUAACCAGUGUGUUCUACAUGCUGUGGCUCCCUUAUAUCAUAUACUUUCUGCUGGAGAGCUCUAGGGUGCUGGAAAACCCAGCACUUUCCUUCUUAACGACAUGGCUUGCUAUAAGCAAUAGUUUCUGCAACUGUGUGAUAUAUAGCCUCUCCAACAGUGUUUUCAGGCUGGGACUGCGGAGACUGUCAGAGACAAUAUGUUCAUCUUGUAUGUGUUUAAAAGACAGGGAUGCACGGGACCCUAAACCGAGAAAACGGGCUAAUUCCUGCUCCAUUUAAAGAAAACUGGCUCACGUAAUCAAACGCGGAGUUUCGAUAGUAUUUGCUGUAUCUGGAAGCUUGCCAGAAGAGAAAUGUUUACCUGAAUAGCUUGCUAUGAUGUUAGAGUGAGUUUAAAAGUGAUUGUGGAAAAGGCAAAGGCUGCUGUAAGAGGGGUCACUGAACCUGAAUAUAGCUCUUGUGAAAUUGUGAGGAGAGCAAUUCAACAGAGACGCUGAAGAAAGUCAGAACUAAAAAUCUUCCAAAGGGCAUGAAAUAACUACCACAUCAGAGGUGGUUCCUCAUAAAAUAAAUAAGUUAGUUACUACCUUACAUUUUUCCCCUUGUAGAAAAGUUGUCUUACUAUCUUUGUGUCGGAAUAUACUGUAGCCUUCUGAAUUUAAAUAUAUUUAAGAGGAAACAAUCAACAACAAAGUGGCUAUCCGUAAAUUAUAUACCUGAGGACUAUAGUAGAUAUUGCAGAUUAACAGUCAGCUCUGUCUCUGCUCACAUCUUGUACAAUUUUCAGUUGUACAAACAAUUUGCAAUGCAUAAAACUUACACUGGGCAUGACGCUUUUGGAUAAAACGGCACAUUUUGGUACAACUUUCAUGGGAGCUCUGCCUCUCAUUUCCCCUUUUUUUUUCCAUGCUAUGCAUCCCUAGAUCCCAUCAUGUCCAAGUGGUUUAGUCUGAGGGCACCUACGAGGUAAACUGAGUUUCACACCGUUCUUCCUGCAGAAAGCAAUAGCCCUUCCUGGCUGGCUGAGUGACUGCAGCUGCCCACAUACAAUGACUUCUUCACUCUCUCAUUCUCUUGAUCCUGUUAAAUUAGCACACAGUAUCGAUGUAGUGUCCUUUAGGGUGUACUGAAGCUUUUCCUUUAUUGGCUACACAGAUAAUCCUAAUGCAAAUAUGAUAAUUGCGCACAGCAGUGUGCCUCACUGCUUAGAAAAUUAAAACUAACCAACCCUUAUCUUUGGGAGGUCUAAAUAGCUUACUGUUGUAGCUGUCAAUCCGUUGUGUGAACCUAGCUUGCACAUAACUGUAUUUUUUUUAGAGAAAACGUAAAUCGUGGUCUGUGCCUAAUAUUUUCAUAGCACAUGGAAUAGGUCAAUGCUACAGGAUUAAAAAAAUUACACUUGCUUUAAGAGAAAUACUUCUGUGCUGUUUGUUAGACAAGUGUUCUUGGAGGAGGUGAACAAGACAGUUUAGUAUUAAAUGCAGGCAAAGAGCUUCAGUAUUUCCUUUUGUACUGAACUGAUUUUCAGGUCCACUGAUGAAAUCUUUUUUUAUUUUGCAAGGGUGCACAUUAGGUUUAUGUAGUAAAUUGCCAGGGGUUCAGAUGCAUGCCAAUCAAUAAAAUAUUUAAAUUACUAUUUUGAACCAAAUGUAAGUUUCUUAGAUGGUUAUUGGCUUUUAAAAAAGGCCCAAUUAUUGGUUAUUGGUGCCUUGUAACACUGCACUAUCAGUCCUUCUUUCACCAAAAUGCGUAUGUAAAGAUCAUGCCGAUUACUUUUUGUAACGGAAGCUAACCACGCUUGGACACUUGUGGUUUGACUAUAGAUCUCCUUUAAUUAUGUAUUCUUUGUUCUGUUGAGGUGGUUCUGAACCCCUGUACGUUUUUUAAACCUGUAAGAAAGUUAAAACAAUGGAAUAAAGUAGUAUUAUGUAUAUCAAAACCAACUUUGGCGUUAGUUCCCUGAUGUUAUGCUCUGUUCUCUGUGAAAGUUCUUUUGGGUUAGGACUCAAGAGCGAACGAUUUAAAAUCCAAACCUCAAAGCUGCUUACUGGCCAUCUUAAACGUUUAUAUACUGGUUUCUAGCACUGUACAGUCUUUAAAGCAGAUUGAAAUAUGACUUGAAACAUUCCUCUAGCUAAGCUGAGCUGUUGCUGACAGUUAGCCCCGAUAGAUAUGGAAAACUGAGCAGUAUUCUUUGCACGUAUCUUGUAAUGCUCCAUGUCUACAGGAAUGUGGCUGCUGCCUUCUUUUGAAAAGUUGCUGUUUAUUUCAGAAGGCUCUUUUCGGCUGACUGCUGCUCUAUAAGGUUGCGUAACACUGUCUCUUCUUACAGACAUGACUUGGAUUCAUUUCGUUUUGUCACUAUUUUGUCAUUGUUUCCUGCUUAGUAGGUCCUCAGCGUGCAAGACUUAGACAAGGAGCAAUGAACUAUCUCAUUUCUCCCAACUCACAGGGCUGGUUUCAUACCAAUGAAGUAGUUUUAUAUCUGUGCUCCAGAGCUGGCUGCUCACUGCUUCUGGGUUUUGUUGGCAUUCCUGCUAACAAGUUUCUAUGGGACCUCCUGAAAUUCAAGAAAAUUCUUGAAUUUGUGAAUUUGAAUUCUAGAAGAUGCUUGAAGUUGAACUAAUGUUUUAUUAAACACAGCCUGGAGGCAGUAGAUGCAUUGUUAGUAUGGUACUGUAAUUACAAAUACGUAGAAUUACACAGGCUAACUCAUUUGUAUUGGUAGUGCCUUAGUUGAACCUUGCUUAUAUAACCUCAGCAAACGGAGCUGAUGUCCAGCACCUUGAAGCUUUAUUGCCUGCACACGGUAGGUCAGAAGGAGAGCUGCUUCAGAGGCUGCAGCACAAAGUUUACUCGCCAGCCCACUGGCUUCUUGCCCUAAAGGGCAGAGUUAGCAAUAUGUUUCUCUCUACCAUUGUGUUGAGCUUGUGGAGUUGUCAGGCAGAACUGAAGAUUUCCCUUUUCCUCAGGCUGUCGUUGGAGGGAGAGAACAUAGUAGAAAUCCAAUACCCUGCCAUCAUAUCCUAGGUUCUUUGUCCUUUUUUUUUGUUUUGUUUCUUGUUUUGUUUCUUAAGCAUUGGCUUAGCAUUGUUGGUGCAAGAAUGCUAAUUUGCUUGUCUGGACCCUGAAUUUCAGUUCCUGUAAAGUCCCAUUUCAGCCUAUUCUCUGUAAAUCUGUGUCUCCUGCUGUCCUGGAAUCUGUCAAAUUAAACAUCCUCAGCAGAGUUAAAUACUGCAUUUCUUCUUGCUGUUUCCCAGACGACAGGAUCUGACCUGGUGGUCAGUCACAUGAAUUUUUAAAUUUAGUAAGAGUGUUUCAUUUUUUUUGAAAGUGUUUUCUAAACUCGUGAUUUAAAAUUUUGUUUCAGGGAGGUUUGUUAUUGUUUUACUGAUGCUGUCUGAGGAUUCCAGCUGGUGCUAAAUUAUCUUCCAAAAUUAUGACUGAAUGUUUAAUGGAUUAAAAUCUCCAAUAGAAAUUCCAGUCACCCAGUAUGUCAUUUCUGAUUUUCAUUCUGUCAUUACAUAAAGUCUCAUGUUCUUGUAUGAAAAUCUGAUUAACGAAUGAGACUUUUAAAGCUGGCAUCUGGACUACAUAUCCCAAUUUCAUGUGUCUAAAGAUCUUUAUGAUUUAUGAAAUACCUUGUAAGUAGGUGACCAGACACUAACUAAAGAAAUCAAUGUGAAAAAAUCAUUGUUGAUAAUACAGUUAAUAAUAAAAUCUCUCCAUAUACAGAUAUAUUGAAGGAGUUGCUAAAACUUUAGGUUCUUUAAAAAAAAAAAAAAAGUAGUGAUAAGAUUAUGCUAAAUAUUAAAUAAAAAGCGUAAAGUGAAGAGAUAUGCCUAAUAGGUUAGCAAAACAACAACAACUAUAUAUAAAGAGCUCCUUUGUCUGGUAGGUUAUGUUGUGCCAUUACAUUUCUUUUGAAUACUUGUGCUUGUACUGUAACAGAGGCUAUGUCAAGGUUGAUUGCCUUACUGUUUUUGGAACCUCAUGUCUUCAGCCUAAGGAAAAAGUAAAAAACCUGUGUAAUGGCAGCAAAAGCACUACCAGGAAAGUAAUUUUUUCAUAACCAAAUUCUGUGUGCUUCCUUAUUUUCUGUGAAUUUCUCCUUAACAUAACUGUUCUUUAAAGGGAAGGAAAACUGUAGUGAUGAAAAGUACAAUGCCGUCUUUGUAAAGUUUACUUAUUGUCUAAUAGUAAGAUAUUCCCCCCCCCCACCUGCCCUGUUUCUGCUUAAGAAUCUGUUUUGUAAUUGUACUUGGUAAAGCGUGAGGUAUCAGGCUAGGUUUGGUUUUGUGCAGAAUCUUUGUGCUUCCUCCACUGAAAAGUUUGCAGUGUUUUGCUUUAUUGAGCCACCUUUCAUAGAUAGAGUUAAUGAGGACUUUUUAAAAAUAGCCUUUAUAUUGUUUUUAUGAUUAUUUUUAAUUAGUGUUUGAUGACCGAAUAUCCAUAAGCACGCUUAGUUUUCACACUCAGCAAAAAUAAUAACAUGACCAUUUUAAGGUAAAAUAACUUACCAGUCAAUAUUAGAAAUUGAGGAUUGAGAAAAAUGUAUCAACGUAAUGAUUAGUUAUUUCAUUAGCUAUGUUAUAUUGUGUAUGAAAAAUUAAGUUAGACUAUAAACAAAAGAUAGUUGCAACAGGAUAUCGAGUUGAUGGGAAAUGCAUCAGUUGUAAGACCAUCUCACAGCUGGUUCUCAACAGGAAUCUCUUUUAUCUUUCCAUACUGCAGUUGUAGCCAAACAAAUAUAUCAAUUUGUAAGAUUUUUGUUUGCUUGUUUUUUAAUGUUGGUGUUUGAAUGCUGAGGAUCUGUGUCUCUCAACCCAAGCUGCUGCUUGUGGUGGGAAUGUUGCUUUAUCAGACCUGAAGCUCGUUUGCCACGUGCCUGGCAACAUGCUGGUCCUGGCGCUGGCUUUGCCAGGAGCAGUGCCAAAGGUUGGGAAGGCCAGCAGCGCUGGGGGGGGAAGAAUGUCAGUGAAGGUGGCAGUGGCCUCCCCAGCCAUCCUCCAGGAUCAGCUGAUUUGCAGACCUUUCAGUUUUAUUGUCACUGUCACCAAAAGGAUAACUUUAUGCCUUGGACUUCAUCCCUGCCCCCUGUUACUGCUGUCUCUCUUUAGGCUGUUUUAUGGAUGGAGUGGUGCAUUGUUCUUCUAAACAGCUGAGCUAGAUUUAUUUUGUUGCGAUUUUUUUGAUUAAACAUUUUUUACGUAUAUCAUUUGAAUAGCAAAACCAAACAUUUUGUUAACUUGAUGCCGAUUAAUUUUUGGGCCUUUCUAGAAAUCCAUCACUGAGGUAGUGUUUUCCUGGUAUUUGCAGCAUUGCCUGGAACGUUGCUUAAAGGUAGUAUUUUCCAAAGGUUACGGUUUUUUUUGCUAAACCAAAUACAAAGUUCAGGUAAAAUCUGAUUUCUGCUGACCCACCCUCUGCCUUUUUAACAUAGACAUACUUAAAUUUUUUUUAAGCAUAUACUGAAUUUAUACAUAGAUCUCUGCAGCCAUUAAGCAUUUUUAGUUGUUAACAAAUUAUUGCAGAUUAGUGGGGUGAAAGCGAUUUGGAAGGAUAUUUAAGAGUAGUUUCCUACUCACAGAUUUUUCUAGUCAUUCUUAAAUGAAAUUACUCCUUUCUCAAUCUGGUAUUAUGAAAAUCCUCUGAGGUCCAUGAGCUUUAAGUGCUAAAGGAACAGUAUGUGAAUGGAGAAGAAGCUGUUAAUGGCUCUGUGCCCCAGCGCAGCCUCGGGAAAAUACUAAAAACCCCCUCGCUUUAACAUCCAUAAUUUCUGUGGACUUUUCCUUUGUCCAAGUACUGUGAAAGGUAGGAUGAGUAUAAGGAAACCUUAGUGCUUUCAGCUGCGCUGACAGGAGGCUAGGAAAACCAAUUUCGGGCAGUAAAAGUGCCUGGAGUUCUUUGGGAUUUUAUCACAGUCUUAUGCUGACUGUGGUCAAACUUAACCCCCUUGAGAAGAAUGUGACAGCAAUGCCGAAGGCUUUCGUUUUAAUCACCGCGUGAGUCGUCUGAACAAAGAAAAGGUGAUUCGGAUCAAAGUGAAACUUUGUAAAUAGAAUGAUUACCGGGGAAAAGAGUUUCACUUUUUAUAUGGGGUAUUCGUCCCUGCCUCAAAGCUCCUCAAUCUAAAUUUGGCAACCAGCAGUAUUAAAAGAAGUGACAAAACACCAAGAUUUUGAGAAGGGGAAGCUCACGAGAUGACAGUGUUAAUCAUGGGAGGGCAUUUCUGCAUCCUGACAGCACUGCCUUUUGUUUCUUUAUUUUCUUUAAAUGAAAUAGGUAAUGCUUGUUGUCUUUGUUUUUCCCCUUCUUCUAUAAGAUAUUUGAAUAAGCACAAAUUGUUUUAUCAUGGAAGAAUUAAAUUUUAUGAAAUAUUUAAAUGAGAAACCGAGUAGUGGUUAGGGAAAGUACAAUGGAGCGUUCAUGGGAAAGAACUAAGUAUGUUACUUGUGGCACAUGUACCGCUUUGAAUUUCGUACGCUUUGGGUAGGGAAGUCUUCAAAUACUUGUACCAGGUUAGAGUUUCUAGUCCUUUCAUGAUCUCUCUAGUGUUAUUUAUGCUUGUGCAUGUAUUAUUUAAAAGUUCUACUUGUGUGACAUCUAAAUUUGGAUUUGUAAAUGGACAAAUGAUUCUUUCCAUGAUCAGGCAAAUUUGUUCUGACCUAUGAAAGACACUUGCUGAACCCACAGGUUUUUGGCAUUUAUUAAGUGAUAAUAGCAUACAGGUUCUCAUUAGCUGUUUUGUGGUGAGGAAGCAAAUACAGGACCUGUGUAUUGAGGCAGAAGAGCUGACUAUUCCUCAGAUGGACUGCUUCUUAUCUGUUGUAUUACAGAAAUUAUUACAUCAGAUGAGCCCAGGUGGGGUUGUGGCUUUGGAGGGCCAAAUGCUUGAGAGCAAGUGACCUUUUUUUACUUAUUUCAGUAGUUUACCUUAAUGCCAUUCUGUUACUCUAUCUUGGUGUUCACAUGUGUGCUUAAAUGGGGAUUGCUAAAUACAAAACACUUGUGUCGCUUUGGAAUAUGUAUACUUUCCUGUUCCCUGGCAAGAUUUGUGUAGGUCUCUCUCCAUCCAACAUGCCAUUGAAACCUCUGAUUCAUGUUCACUGAGUAAACUCGUGGUGGUUUGAAUUGUUACCAUUCCAGCAGCAGAAUGAAACAUGCCUCCCCUCCUCUUCCCUUGGUGUUUCAGGUUGGUCUGGCAGCUUUUUAGCAGCAGUGGGUAGGGCUGUACGGCAGCUGGCACAGCUGAUGAGCGUGCAUGUCCUCUGCUUGUACUUUUACUACAUGGAGUUAAUCCUCCAAAGAAGGGGAGGCAUAGACAGCUUAAGGCAAUGAUGCCUUAAACUGCCUCAACAAGGUUGCAGAGCUUUGUUUAUUAGGGUUUUUAAUGGUAAGGGAAUUUAUUGUAAUUAAAAAAAAAAAAUCUGUAUGAGUAAUGAAUUGUUAUUAGGUCAAGAACACAUUAGUUCUGUUCUUCCUCUAUGCCCUCAAUAGGGGAAUGGGAUCUUCAUAAGGGAAUUUUAUUAUAAUCGGGUAGAUUUUGGACACUACAAUUUUUAUAGUGAGUUUUAAUGCAACUAUACGUAUAUAAGGGAUGUAAACAGUCAUAUGAUGGCAAGGUUUCAGUGGCAGCUUUUCCUUCAUUUUAAGGGCUUUGGGGACCACUCUGUGGCUAGAGUUGGAUAAGUGCUAAGCAUGUACUAAAAUUACCAAAGCUGGAACAGCAAACACAGGCUGUAAAUGAAGGACCUUUAUCCAAAACUACUUUCUCUGUAAUACUGGCUACUUAAUAUUGUCCAGGCAGUAUCUUGUGUUGGCUUAUGAAGAUGAUGUAUAGAAAAGGAAGCAGUCUAAUAAAUACAACUACAUGCUAUCAUAAUUAAAUUAUUUUUAAGGUUUUUUAUUUUUCAACUCAGGACUUUCGGAGACCAUAUUUUCUGUGAUCUCUUACCUUGGGAACUCGCAACCAAUUAAUUAUUUUCCUUUGCUGGGUGUGCUUUACUUGAUCUCUGGCUUUUGGUUUUUUUAAAGUUCAGUUUCAAAUUUGAAUUUGAAAUUCAGUUUUGCUGUUAUGUAGACAUGUUUUUUCACUUGACUCAUGUAAAAACUUUUAUGAGAGUACUAGAAAGAUCAUGUCCUACAAGGGAACAUCUAGUCUUAAAUCUAUACUGCAUUUCAUUGUAUCUAAAAGAAGCUGUUGCUGUACCUUGUUUACUAGAUUUCAGGUAUCUUGGCAGCAAGCCUCAUCAACAGAUGACAAGUUCUCCAACCUCUUCUGUUGGGCUGAAAUUGCCACUGAUUUUAUUUGUAAAUGUUGCUAACUAAAGACACUCUGUUUUGGUGGUGAAUCAGUGUUCUGGAUGGAAUUUCUGGAGAUACUUUUAUCUCUUUGAUUGUAUUUCCUUUGAUUCUGGUGGCGCGGCGUAAGAGGGUUCUUGCCUAAGUGCCACUGGAAGUUUUGUCUGUAUUAUCCCUGUGCAUUUGCAGCUCCUUUCUUCUGGUUUAUCCUGGCUUGAGAAGCUUUUUUGGGGAAAAGUAUGCCUGUGAUGGUUGGUCAUUGAUACAAUUGUGCUUCAAUGAUAAUCUUACUUUAUUAAAUUCACUGCAUAUUAAAAUGUCUGUAUUUUAAAAAUAAAAAUUAUAGCAAAGUGCUUUUGUAAUAAUGGUGUUGAUUUUGUUUAAAAAUAAGUUUAUAGCAAGACAAAAAAUGUUUACAUUUGGAAAAAAGAGAUUUGAAAUGUGAUAUAUGUGAGAAAUGCCUGUUGAUAAUUUAUUUUGGGAAAAAUUUGGAUUUCAAGUGGCAGGUGAAAUUAGAGGGAUUAAAUAUAAAUAUUGAUUCUGAAGAAAAGCACCUCUUAGUUUUCAUACAAUAACAAAACGAAUUGUAUCUGUUUCCUGUCAGGAAGAGGAUUUUGAGUUACUGUAAGUUGCCUUAUGAAAAUCAUAGUUUAAUGAGCCAUGGCUUACCAAAAAGUAUUGAGAUAUUACUAAUGAUAAAAAUAAUAAAGAUAACUAUUAGAAAUCAUCACUGCCAUCACUUUAGCGUGCCUGGACCUUGGAUGCUGGGUGUAAUUGGUCCAUGGUAGCACAGCUGGAGCGAGUUCCGGGGAGUGACAAAAGAGCCUUUCCUAGGGAGAAUUAAAAAAUCUCUGUUAAGAUUUUUCAGCCUAGAAAGGAAAGGAUUAAGGUGCAGGGGACUGACAAGUCUGCAAGGUCAUGAAUGUCAUGGGGGAGAACUGGGUGCGAUUACUCAUCGUUUUCUGUUCCAGUGUAAAAAAAAAUUAAAUGAAGGUAGCACUAUGAAAAUCAGCAGUGUCCAGUGACUUGUGGAAUACAUUCGCAACAGACACUCUGGAUGUCAAAAGCUGACAUGGGUUACAUACUCAGAGACAUUCAGGGAGGAAUAGUGUAUUAAAUGCUGUCCUCAUGCUUCUGGUUUGGGAGUCCACGUGCUGCAGAUUACCAGUGGCUGGCAGACCGUGAUGGGGGAAUCGUCACAGUAUGUGUCCCCUGUUCUUACGCUUGUCCUUAGGCAUCUGCUCCUAGUUGCCACUGCAGACAGUGUUGGUACUAGAGGAACUAAGGGCCAACCUCAAGUGUCUGCUCCUACCUUCCUGCUCUGUUCUGUUGUUACAUCUUUAUUAAUUUUCAUACGCUAACUCUGGGUAUUUCUUUUCAUGUUUGGUCUGUCAGGAACUAAGAACACACAAUUUACUUCAGCUGUUUUGUUCUGAAUAAAUUUGUGAGUGAAAAAUGAACAUCUGUGGCUGUGCAUCUUUGUGUGUGGAAGGUGGCUGUGAGAGUAGAAGCGUCAGCAGGAUCAGCUGUCCCCACCUCUUCUUGCUCCUGAGGCAAAAUACCUUCUGGAAAAGCACCAACAAAGCAGUCGUGAAGGGAACUAUAUUGCUAGUUCUGUAAAUCAAGAUUUAGGGGAUAAAUUUCACUUUUUUUUGCAAUAAUUAUAGUAGUUAAGAGUCAGGCU